AUUGGAUGGUGGACGGGGCUGGCUUACUUCAUCGGCGCUAGUCCCGAAGUAGUAAUGUCCAAUCUUUGCCCGGCGAUGGAAAUUCUGCGGUUUUGCUGCUACUUCUCAGUGAGCAUCUAAACUCGUCAAUUGCCAACCAUCAUCAUGCUUCCCCGACUCCUCCGGCCGCAGAGCACGCUGCGUGCUGUUUCCUCCCUCACACAGAAACCCGCCUCCGCUCUCCCACGCUUCCAGACUCGCGGACUGCAUCGUGUGCCUCAGUUGACUCACGAUACCUACUUCAAGAACAAUGGAAUUCCAGAGCUUUUAUCACCAGAGGCCUUCGACUUCGCUUGGACACAAUACCAGACCCUUUUGAUUGACAAGUUGAAUCUUCUUACACAGGAUACCGUCGACGCGGAUGCGAAGCCUGGAGAACUGCUGGUCAAGUACUCCCGGCGCCCAGAGAUGGCCUCCGUAUUCAACUACGCCUCUAUGGCUCAUAACAACCAUUUCUUCUUCAACUGCUUGUCGCCCACCCCUACUCAGAUCCCGGACAAGUUCGCCAAAGACAUCGUUGAUACCUGCUCCUCGAUCGAAUCCCUGAAGCUCGACUUCCUUGCAACUGCCAAUGCUAUGUUUGGCCCCGGAUUUGUGUGGCUGGCCAAGAACCUCGAGAGGGAAGGAUUGAUGCACAUCUUCUGCACCUACAAUGCAGGCUCCCCUUACCCGGCCGCUCACUCCCGCCGGCAGCCCGUUGAUAUGGCUACGCACUCCCCCGACGCUCCAUUGGGCAACCAGUUUGCUGGUGCGAUGGGCGCUCACUCCGCGAACCAGAAGAGCCUGGCUCCUGGUGCCGUCGAUGUCCAGCCCAUUCUCUGUGUCAACACGUGGGAGCAUGUAUGGAUGAUGGACUACGGCAUUGGUGGAAAGGCUGAAUACCUCGAGCGCUGGUGGGAUCGCAUUAACUGGGAAGUUGUGUUCGAUAACUACAACGCGGUCAGCUCGAUGAAGGGCACACGGCAUGCGGCCAACCGGAACCGCAGCCUGAGCAUGCUAUGAAGGAAAAAUAUUCUACAGAGCGGAUACAUAUGUGGUUCCCCUCCUUUCAUGUCUUGAUAAUUGUAUUAUAUACUACAUGGUUUGGCUGUUCAGGGUUUCUUUAUAUCUGGGUCUAAUUGUACAGCGAAUUGAUCGCAAAAUAGGAAAAAAAGAAUGAGACUCAAAUUA